CAGCAACUACUUUUUUCUUCUUCUUUCAUUCGUGUUGAAUUCCAUGUCCAAUCAAUAUAAAGAUCCAACAGGUCGCAUGGCUGAAAGUACCAUGCGCAUUCAAGAUUUACAUCAAGCAGAAAAAAAACUCGUUUUGUUGGUAGAAACAGCAGCAGAAGCACUUUCUAUUCUGUCUGAUGAAGCACCUAAAGAAGCCAAUGCAGACCAAUUUGUGCAUGAUCGUGCUAUGCGUUUUCGUGAUUUAGCUUCUCGUUAUUUCUCUCUUGUGAAUGAUAUUCAGUUUGCAUUAAGAAGUCAUACACAUUAUUUAACAAGAGAAGCAAGCAUCACUUCUUCAGCCAACAAAAUCAUUCCCUUCAAAACAUCUACAUUUAGUCAACAAAAAGAACUAGAAAUAUGGACUGCUGCUUUAGACACCAUGAGUCAACGUAUUGCAGAAAUCAAAGCGAUUGGUUUAGGCAUCUAAGAAACGCGUCUCUUGUAGUUCAGGUGGAAGAUACGUUUGAUCUACUACUUCUUCAUAAUCUGGAUUAUAUUUAUAGUCUUUGCCAUAGCCUAAAUUCUAUAUCAUUGUAAAUACACCUAUAAAUAAAAUAAAAAAUCUUACCUUCAUAAGUAAAGUA